GAAAGGAAGAGAAAACGAGAAAGAAAGAGGUUGGAGGAGAAAGGCAGAGAUUUCAAACCUUUUGAAAAUCUCUAAGACUGCUUUGAUCCUUCAACAAGUCUUUCUGUAACCCUAGUUCACUUUCAUCUUCCGCGGCAUUCUUCGCCUCUUCAUACGCAAUCAUUUCUCCCACGUCAACUUCCUAUUCUUCUGCUCGCCGGAAAUGUCAGGAUGAGCCUCUGCCGGAGCAUCCGACGGAGUCACUGGUUAGGGUUUUAGUUUCUUAUCGAGGCCUCACCAUUAUAGAUCUCUGUCUGAUUACCGAAUUGGGCAAAAAAAAAAAACGAUCAUAACCGCCUCGUCAGCGCGGGUUGCGGUCGCUGGAAUUGUGUUUUGGUGUUGACUUAAUUAUGGCGAAGGGAGGUCAAUGCAUUGAGAAGGUUCGGAGGGGCAUUUGGAUGGUGUUCUUCAUGGUGGCAAUGCUGGCGUCUUUGCUGGUUACAUCGUUGCCGGUGCUCGUGGCGCUUGUUGAUGUGUUGGUACCUUGUGUUUUGAUCUCCAGCUUUACGUGCGUGAGGUGUUACGAUUUUAAAGAACAUUUGCGUCGAUACACAUUCAAGAGUUCCUUGACAGACAUUCCCCUCGUUUCUAUCAUAAGAUCUCUCAUCAUUAUAUGCGUGUAUAGCAUUUGCGAUGGCCCUGCUUUAUCACAUGGUCCUUACCUUGGAGCCGUCUCUCUGUGUUCCUUUCUCUCAGUUGUUCUUCUUUCAGUAAAAGCUUGUGUUUUCACCGUAAAUUCUCACAUUGAAGCUGAAGCUGCAGCUUCUCUCUCAAAGCAGAGACUCCAUUUGAAGAAGUCAUGGGGAAUGCCUGUACUUUUCCUCUCAUCAGUUGUUUUUGCCCUUGGCCACAUUGUGGUAGCUUAUAGAACCAGCUGCAGGGCACGGAGAAAGCUAUUGUUUCACCGGGUUGAUCCAGAAGCUGUACUUUCAUGCAAAGUUUUCUCUUGCUAUCAGAAGGUCCCACGAUCUCCUACUCCUUCUGUAGUGAGAACCCCAAAAAGUGACAGUGAAAUGAGACGGAGACCUUUUGGGACAGCUUGUGAUGAAGAAAUGCCACUCAAAUUACUUGGAGACUCUGACGGCUUAUUCAUUACAUGUCAAGGACUUACAGUCCAUUACAAAGUCAGCUUGCCUGGUUCGCCACCACAUACCCUGUCCUCUGCAUCCAUCGUUGAACCAAAUUUUAGCAAUGUCACUUCAUCGGCUGGGGGACUUACUAAAUUCAAUGGGCAUUUGGCAAGUAUGUCUCCAAAGAUCCAGAGGCAACUCCACAGGAGCUAUAGCAAUCAAUUCCAUGGCUCAUCACUCUAUACUCCACUUCUGGAUGGUCCUGUGACUUCUCCAGCUGUUUCUGAAGAUAUACCUGCUUUGUGCUUGGAAAACAUUCAUGAAGAAACUAAUAAAUUAGAUUCUAUGAAUUUGGAGAAAAAUAUGGAUGGUAGCACUAAUGGUGAAUUAGGGGUUGUUCUUGUACACGGAUUUGGUGGUGGAGUCUUCUCUUGGAGGCAUGUUAUGGGAUCUAUUUCUCGACAAAGUAAUUGCACUGUUGCUGCAUUUGACAGGCCUGGCUGGGGACUAACAUCAAGGCCUCGUCGAAGGGAUUGGGAGGAAAAAGAUUUACCUAAUCCAUAUAAGCUUGAUAGUCAGGUUGACCUACUUUUAUCAUUUUGUUCUGAGAUUGGUUUCUCUUCUGUGGUACUUAUCGGUCAUGAUGAUGGAGGGUUGCUUGCUUUGAAGGCUGCACAAAGAGUUCAAUCAUCAAUGAAUUCUUCUAAUGUUAUCAUCAAAGGGGUUGUAUUGCUAAAUGUUAACUUGUCGAGAGAAGUGGUUCCUUCCUUUGCAAGGAUCCUUCUGCAUACAUCACUUGGAAAGAAGCACUUGGUUCGCCCUUUAUUAAGAACUGAAAUCACUCAAGUAGUGAACCGACAUGCUUGGUAUGAUGCUACCAAGCUGACGACAGAAGUUUUGAGUCUCUACAAGGCUCCACUAUACGUAGAAGGAUGGGAUGAAGCUCUUCAUGAGAUUGGGAAAUUGUCAUCUGAAACCAUACAUACCGCCAAAAAUGCAGAAGUAUUGCUGCAGGCUGUGGGAGAUGUGCCAGUGUUGGUCAUUGCCGGUGCUGAAGAUUCCCUUGUCUCUCUCAGCUCUUGCCAAACCAUGGCUUCAAAACUUGUAAAUUCUAGACUCGUUGCAAUAUCUGGAUGUGGCCAUCUACCCCAUGAAGAAUGUCCAAAGGCGUUGCUUGCUGCUAUAUUACCCUUCAUCAGUAGAUUGUCUGUACCAGACCCGCAAAACUAAGACGCAUAGGGUUAUCUAUAAUAGGGACUAGGGUAUCGAUCUACUUUUCAUUUUCUUUUUACCUUGACCUUUUUGUUUCUUUUCUUCUUCCCUUCUCUCGUUAGCCAUAUUACCUCAGGAGAAAGAGAGCAAAGGCAUCUCUUUUUUAUCUCCCGAGUUUUUAUUUUUGUCGUGGUAGCUUUUGGGGUUUUGACCUAUAUUGGGACCACCCCCCCCACCCAAAAAAAGAAUUAAUUUUUUUCUCUCUUGUUUAAUUGUAAAUGCUUAUGUUUGUCUGAAUUAUUCCCUUCUGAAAAGAAAGUGGGAAUGAACACAUUUGUAAAUUGCUAGAUGAGAAAUGUAUGAGUUUCCUCUGGCC